AUGAGCGGAAGCACAGCGGUCGAGCCGUCGUCACUCGACGCAGCCGACUACGACCCGGUCGACCACCUCAACAUGCUCUUCAGCCAUCCGUCGACGCUCGGCUCGCUGUCGGCCGUGUCCCGGCGGCUCCGCACCCACAACGCUGACCUGGCCAGCACCAUCGCCGCGCUCGAAACGGCCCAGGCUUACGCGCCGAACUCGUCGCUCGACCGCAUGCAAACCGCCCAGGCCGAGCUGGCGUCGGUGUUUGCGCGCAUCGAGGACGUCCGCCGCCGUGCCGUCCAGACCGAAGAGGACAUCACCCACAUGACAGCCGACAUCAAGCGCCUCGACGGCACAAAACGCAACCUCACCGUGUCCAUGACCGCCCUCAAGCGCCUGCAGAUGCUCACCACCGCCUACGAGCAGCUGCGCACCCUCGCCCGCAGCCGCCAGUACCGCGAGUGCGCCGGCCUCCUGCAGGCCGUGCUGCAGCUCAUGCGCCACUUUAACAGCUACCGGUCCAUUGAACAGAUCGCGGUGCUGAGUCGCGGCGUCGGCGAUCUGCAGCGCGACCUUCUCGAGCAAGUCUGCGAGGACUUUGAGAUGGCCUUUACCAAGGGCGAGGUGAGCGCCCGCCGCGGCAUGCUCGUCGAGGCGUGCCUGGUCAUGGACGCGCUCGGCGACCAGGCCCGCGCACGGCUCGUGACGUGGUAUGUGAACACCGAGCUGCGCGAGUACCGCCAGGUCUUUCGCGGCAACGACGAGGCCGGCAACCUCGACAACAUUGGCCGCCGCUACGCCUGGUUCCGCCGCAUGAUUGCCACCCACGAGGAGGAGCACGCCGCGCUCUUCCCGCCACACUGGCGCGUCAACGAGACGCUGGCCUCGAGUUUCUGCGACGGCACGCGCGACGACUUCAAAGGCAUCUUGGAGAGGAGCAUGCGCCGCCCCGACGGCGCCGGCAAGAUUGAUGUCAACCUGCUGCUGAGCUGCCUCCAAGAAACCCUUGAUUUUGAGCAGUGGCUCGAGCGCCGCUUCGCCGCGCCGGCGGCCACCAGCGACAAGCAGCCGCGCGCGAGCAUCGACACCCUGAGCUCCGCCGACGAGCGCACGCAGACGUUUAUGGGGUCGAUAUCGGCGGCCUUUGAGCCCUAUCUGAGCCUCUGGGUCGACUCGCAGGACCGCAGCCUCGCCGCCCUCAUCCCGCGCUACCGCAGCCAGAGCCUGGUCGCUGCCGACGAAGAGUUUACGCCCGAGAGCAUUGCGCCCUCCGCCCUCGACCUGUUCCACGUCUACAAGGUCACCCUGUCCCAGUGUGCCAAGCUCUCCACGGGCGAGCGGCUUCUGGACCUGUCCAAAAUCCUGUCCAAAUACUUGGACGAGUACGCCCAACAGGUGCUGCUGCACGCGCUGCGCUUGCCGACACAGGCGCCGCCGGCCGCCACCACCGCGCACCAGCAGCAGCAGCAGCACGCGGCCCUGCUCGCCGCGGCCGUGGCCGCGCCGCUCCACGAUGUCGUGGUCGUGAUGAACACGGCGGAUUUCUGGAACAAGAACACGACGCAGCUCGAAGAGAACAUCCGCAAGCGCAUUGACGCCGAGCUGGCCGACCGCGUCGACCUGUCGGCGCAGGCGGACGCCUUCCUGGGCGUCGCCAGCAACGCCGUCCAGGCGCUCGUGCGCAAGGUCGAGGCCGACUGCGAGCCCGCGUGGCGCGAGAUGCGCAACACCAACUGGAGCCGCAUGGAGGGCGUCAGCGACCACAGCUCCUACGCAUCCGAGCUCAUCAAGAUUGUCAACGAGCGCGCCAAGGCCAUCCUGGGCGUCGUCGCCAAGCCCCAGUACGCCCGCGCCUUUUGCGACCACCUCGUCGAGUCGCUGGCGACUGCGUUUCUCGCCAACAUUGUCCAGUGCCGGCCCGUCUCCGAGGUCGCCGCCGAGCAGAUGCUGCUGGACAAGUACACGCUGACAAAGUCCUUUGAGAAUCUGCUGGCCCACUUCCACACGUCGUCCGCCGGCACCCACAGCGCCGCCUCGGCCAGCUUCGCCAAGCGUGUCAGCACCACCAUGGGCCGCGUCGACCCCCUGCUCAAGACGCUGCAGGUCCAGCCCUCGCCGCCCGAGGGUCUGGUCCAGGCCUACCUGAUCCAUGUGGCCGACCGCUCCGACUCCAACUUCCGCAAGAUCCUCGACAUCAAGGGCGUCCGCAAGCAGGACCAGCCCCACCUUCUCGAGCUCUUUGUCAUCCACCGGGACAGCCCCAGCGCCACCGGCCGCCAGCUCGUGGCCAGCUCGGCGUUGUUGACGCCCCUGCUGAACCAGUCCGGCUUUGGCGGCUUUGGCGCCGGCGGCGCAGCAUCGUCGUCUCUUCCUGCCGCCGCUGGCGCCUCCUCGGCUGUGGGUGUGGGCGGUGCCGCCACGCGCUUCGACGCGACCAGCCUCGGCGAGAAGCUGCUCAACGCCGCCCGCGACGCUGGUUCCAGCUCCGGUCUGGGCCUCGGCAUUGUCAGCGGGGCCAACGGGCCCGCCACCGCUGGCGGCAGCAGUGGCAGUGGCCAUGGUCUGACCGUCGCCAGCCCGUCAGACGGCGGGGCCCCUGAAAAGGCCACCAUCAACGAAAACCUCAAAAACAUUGGCAAGUUUUUCCGCCGCGACAUUGGCGGCAUCGGCGGUCUGGGCGCGCGCUUUGGCAAGCGGGACAUUACACCCACCGGCCAGAGCGAGGAUGGAUCUAGGUAG